AUGCAUCAAACAUGCAGGAUACAGAAGUUCAGUCCCUACAAGACUCUCCCAUCCUCCCAAAAACAAACAGCACAACAGUCAACAGGAGAUGAAGUCUCGGAGGUAUUAACUACAUAUUUUCGAUGAAACAUGUAUAUGUGUAAAAAACAUAGACGGAUUGUCAUAUUUUUUACUGGGGUGGUGCCAGAAAUUUUAAGGGGGUGAGCUGUGAGCAGGUGACUGAAGCAACACAAAGUGUCACCAAACCCCAGUAAGGUCUAUAUUCUAGGGGUGGAGCACUAGAGCAGCGAGGGGGAGUCUAGAGAGCAGAAAACAAAGUAUCCCUGGAAAAAUUUGAAAAAAAUCCUGAUUUCUAGCUGCAAAAAAAAAGUUUUUGAAGUUGUCAUAUCAAUGACAAUGGUUUGGCAUGUCUGAUUGUCUGUUGAGACUUGAGAGAGUUAAAGUUAAAUGAACCUGUAAAAGUGUAAACCCGAUAGGCCAAUACACAAUAUGUUUUUACAUUUAUAAAGUCAUUGACAUUGUGUCGUUUGAAUCCGAGUACAAUUUACGAUGCAACUACGAUGUGAACAUCCACCUUCAAGCAAGCAUGUGAACAUCCACCUUCACGAGAACUAGAAUCACAACUACCUGUCUCACAGCAGCAGCCACCACAAAUUAAAGUAUCAGGGGUAUGUUUCCAAAAUAUAUUGCGUGUCUCUAUAACCUUUGUUCUGAUGUUAUACAAAGAUAUCUUGUAACAAUACCAUUGCAUGUCAAUUUAUUUUUAUGCAGAAAAAAGGGUUGGGACUUUGUGAUGUAAAGAUGCCUGCAAAAAUGAAAGCCAGAGGAAGACCAAAAGGCAUUGGCCAAACAGCGAUAGGGGUCCCAAAGAAGAGCAAAGAUGCCAAUCUCCCUACACCAUAUGCCAAAAAAUGUCGUGAGGAUAAAACCAGAUGUAAGCAGUUAAUCCAGUUUAGACUAUUCUAUUCAGUCAUGCACUGUACCAUACCUUAUUAUUUUACCCCGUCUAAUGUACCUUAAUUUGUAAAUAGGUUAAAUAUAUUACAACAUGAUCGAUUUCUUUUUUAGUAAUUCUACAUUGGUUUAUUGAUAACCAUACUGCUGAAUCUGCCAUCAGUAAAGAGCAAAUGAUAACAGAAAAAGAGCUGAAAGCAAACAAGGAUAUAUCAUUUGCAUGUUUAGAUGAAAACAUCGAGAUAGCUAGAAUUAAACCAUAUUUUACAGCUGCUGGUUGGUCUGCAGUUCUUAAAUCUGUUAAAGAAUUAAAAAAAACAAAUCAUGUUUUGCUUUACCUGCAAGAAAGAAUUAGAAGGAGAUCAGUUGAGUUGUGA